AUGUGGGGGGCGGCGGCGUUUGAGGCGGUGGUGGCGUGUGUGGUGAACGAUGGGGAGGGGCGGCAUGUGGAGCAGACGCUGCUGCGCCGUGAUUCUCUUGAAGCGCUCGUGUGGUUUGUGCGCGGGGCUGCCAAGACUCCCUCCUUCACCGCCCUCUUUGAGCCUCUGCUGCGACUUGUCACCAAGUCGCCAACACUGAACGCGGCGCUGUCAGUGGGAGGGCUGGGCGACCUGCUCGUGGCUCGCCUGGACGACCCCCAGCUGGAGCCCGCCGUGCGACUCAACCUGCUCAAGCUGCUCAAGGCGGUAUACGAGCAGCACCCAUACCCCAAGGGGCUGUGCGUUCCAGACGAGCUGCCGGGGAAGCUGCAGCGGCUGACAGAGGAGCGGCGCAUUGCAGGCGGGCAGCAGGUGCUGGUGAGGCAGAUGGCCUCGGCGCUGCUCAAAGGACUGCACUUCGGCCCACCCAGAUAA